AAUGGAGAGAGAAGAACCCUGAGAGGAUUCACCACCAUCACCACCAUCAUCACUGUCAUCACCAUCACCACCAUCAUCACUAUCAUCACUGUUAUCACUGUUAUCAUCAGAUCAGUUGUAAAUAUGAGUCUCCAUAAAGCCGUACUGAAGGGGGAUUUUCUGGAGGUGAGGAGACUGGUGGAGUCCGGGGUGGAGGUGAACGGACGCGACGCCGGAGGCCGAACUGCGCUGAUGCUCUGCUGCCUCCAUGAUGGAGAGGACCGGGCGAGGGGAGUGGCCAGAACCCUGCUGAUGCAUGGCGGUCGCGUCGGGCUGAGCGACGGCUCGGGACGCUCGGCUCUUAUUUACGCGGUUCUGUACGAGCGCGUCGGUCUGGUCCAGAUGUUUCUUCAGGCUCUGGACUACGACCUUACCGCUCAUGACCGAACGGGUCGAACAACGCUGGACUAUGCUAAUCAGACCCGGAACCGGACCAUAAUGGAUCUGGUGCUGCAGGUCAUGAGGAGGUACGGUUUAACAUCCCAGAACUCCUGCACUCAGAAUCCUCAAACAACUGACCAAAAAAUACAGGAACCACAGGAACCACAACACCAACCAUCUACCAAAGCUUUACUGAAGACAAAGGACAGUAAGACUGAGGUACCAAGUGGAGAUGAAAGCUCUCUUUCAAUCCAAAAUCCAGAACCAGGCCCAAAUAGUGUGUUUAGAAACCCUCUUCCAUACAGAACAUUGCCCAAAAAGCUUUGGAAAAUCAAAGAAAACGUUCACCAAAGAAAGCACCAAGGUCCACAAACGGUUUCUAAGUCCACCAGCAGUAAGAAGGAGACAGAAAGUGGAGAAGAAAGCUCUACUUCAGCCCGAAAUCCAGAACCAGACCAAUAUGGUGUCUUUACAAACCCACUUCCAUACAAAACCCUCUCGGAAAAGAAGCGAAUGAGCCAAGAAACCAUUGAAAGAACACUGGGUCCAAAGCGACAACCAGCUUCAAAAGAUGCACCAAAGAAAGACACCAGUAAGCAGGAGCUUUCUCCUCCAGUCCAAAAUCCAGAACCAGGCCAAUAUGGUGAGUUUACAACCCGACUUCCAUACAGAACGUUGUCCAAAAAUCUCUGGAAAAGCCGAGAAACUAUUCAAAGAACACUGGCUGUACAACACCAAACAAAUCCCAAAUUAAUGUCCAAAGUUCAAGGUUUUCCUCACAUCCAGAAUCCAGAACCAGGCCAAGAAACAGUUCAAAGAAAAUUGGAACCACAACACCAACCAGCUUUCAGAGGUGCGUCCAAAGUGGCUUUUAAAGUGGUGUUAGAGAAGGUUCAAGAUAAAACAGAAAUAAAAAGUGGAGAUGAAAGCUCUCCUUCAGUCCAGAACCCAGAACCAGACAUGUCCAAAAACUUACAGCCACGGACAACCACCUCAAAAAACAUAAACCGGGAGUCUCUCCAAAGAAAUCUAGAACCCAAAGACCUUCAGAGAUCAGUAAAUGCUAAUGAGAGAACUACACAUGGACGCUCUCCUCCACUCACCCCGAGAAACUGGAGACUGGACUUCAGGGUUCUAAUGGAGACCCUCCAGGUCCAGAACAGCCCCUCCUACAGGCCUAAAGCCCAGCCCCGACCUCCAGCUCCGAGGCGCCGCCGGCGCCGGUUCCCUGGGGCCGAGAGGUCUCCGGUUCUGGGCCGGAAGAAGAGCAGGAAGAUGUCUCUCGGGGCUCUGGAUGAGUCCCUGCAGGUGGAGAAGAUGAUGAGAACCUGCAGGAGGCGCUGUACCCUGGCAGCCAUCCCUGUGAUCCGGCCAACGAAGGGCAGGAGCACCAGAGUUACUGCUCAGGAAAACUUCAGAAUGGGCGGAGAACAGAAACCCAGAAAAACUGCUGGAGAAAUCAAUCUCUAUAAAAUGAAAUAAAAUAAACAAAUGAGCAUCCACACCAUAGUUUUACCCCCAGCUUUAGCUUUAGCUUUAGGUUAGGAUUUGAGCUAUAAAGCUAAAUUAUCUACUAACCAAAACAAGCUGUAACCCCCAAAUAACACUGGUGCUAUGAUGCUAAUGUAGCUAACAAGUAAUGGAAGCCUAUACACCACCAAUUAGCAUUAAAGCUAAUAUAUUAUAAAUGAAAGUUUGGAAUACACGUCGGAAAAUUCUAGAAGGUUCUUUACCUGCAGGGAACUCGGGGAAAUGUUCAAGCCUAAAAAUGCCCCACUGUAAGAAAAACAUACAAUGUAUUGUUCCAAGCAAUGUAAUUCCGUAUAGGCCAUUCAUCCUGCAAAAUUGCCUAUUUCUACGGCAAAAGCUGUAGGAGAAGUAGCAUUUAACAAAAAGGGGGAAUGAGAAUAAUAAUAAUUUUAAGUUAGUUGGCUUGGAAAGGUGCAAGUUCUAUGAAUAUACCGAUUAUCACGGUUCUAGCUUUGUAGAGCUGUUUGAAAUUUUUGACAAAAGUUUGCGAACACUUUUAGUUUGGGACUUCUUUAGAUUAGCAUUGAAGUUAUAAACCUAAUGUUUUUUACAAUUAAUAAAAGCUUAAUUUCUAAAGGGUUUAAUGAAAAUACACAUCAUCUCAAUCAAACUUUGACUGGGCCAAUCCAAAACUUUCAUUUUUAUUUAUUUAUGUUUUGAGCCAUUCUGAGGUGGAUCUGCUAGUGUGCUUCGGGUCAUUGUCAUGCUGCAGAACCCAAGUACACCUGAGCUUAAUGUCACAAACUGAUGGCUGGAUGUUCUCCUUCAGUUUUCCUUCAGUUUUUAAUGAGAGACAGCUGGAUUCAUGGUUCCCAUGGAUCCCAGGCCUUCACACUACCACCACCAUGUUUGACUUUUAGUUUGAUGUUCUUUUUCUGAAAUUCUGUGUUAGUUUUAAGUCAGAUGUAAUAUAAACAGUUCCACUUAUGCCUUGUCAGUCCACAAUUUUUUUCCCUAAAGUCCUGGGGAUCAUCAAUCAAUUACUUCAGGUUCAGGUUGGUUUGGAUAUAUUUAUUCCCUUAAUAAAUUAAAAACGGCUUUUUAUAUUUACUCAGGUUAUAUUUGUCUGACCCUUUGUUUAUAAUCUGAAAAAUGAAAGAAUGACAAAAUGCAAGAACAAAUGUAAUCUGUAAGGGGGCAAAUACAUUUUCAUGGCACUGUAUAAAUAUAUUUUUAAUAAUUAUUUAUUUGAUAUCUAUAAUUUC